AUGGAAAAGGAGGCUGUGAGGAACAGGAAGGAUCCCCGGCACACCCAGGCAGAGAAGGAGCUGAGGAUGGAGACCAGGGAGGACAAAUCCCCACAGCAGAACCUCGAGGAAGAGGCCGUUAUGAGUGACUCCAGGGCACAGGAAUCCAACGGGGAGGAAACUCCCCAGAGAUCCCUCAGGAGGAUGGGCUCCAAACCCAGCCCAGUGUGCUCUGAGGAGGAAAGACCCUCCCUUUGCCAGGAAGGUGGACAGAGCUUCAGCCAGGGCUCAGAGCUGGUGGUCCAUGAGCAGCUUAAUGAUGGAGAGAAGCGCUACAAGUGCUUGGAGUGUGGGAAGAGCUUCAGGCAGAACAGCACCCUGAUCAGUCACCAGAUGAUCCACACCGGGGAAUGGCCCUGCGAGUGUGGGGAGUGUGGGAAGGGCUUCAGCUACAGGCCAGAACUCAUCAGGCACCAGCGCAUCCACACUGGGGAGAGGCCCUACGAGUGUCUCCAGUGUCAGAAGAGGUUUCUGACCAGCUCCAGUCUCCUCCAGCACCAGCAGAUUCACACAGAGCAGAGGCCCUUCCGCUGCCCUGAGUGUGGGAAGGGCUUCAAGCAAAAGUGCACCCUCAUCACCCACCAAUGCAUCCACACCAGGGAGAGGCCCUAUGAAUGUCCCCAGUGUGGGAAGAGCUUCACCAGCAGCUCUAACAUGACAAAACACCAACGGCUUCAUGAUGGGGAGAAGCACCACAAGUGCUUGGAGUGUGGGAAGUGCUUCAGGCAGAGCAGCACCCUGAUCAGCCACCAGAUGAUCCACACCAGGGAAUGGCCCUACGAGUGUGGGGAGUGUGGGAAGGGCUUCAGCUGCAGCUCCUACCUUUUCAGGCACCAACGCAUCCACACUGGGGAGAGGCCCUACAAGUGUCCCGAGUGCCAGAAGAGCUUCAGCCAGGGCUCAGAGCUGGUGGUCCAUGAGCAGCUUCAUGAUGGGGAGAAUCCUCACAAGUGCUUGGAGUGUGGGAAGAGCUUCAGGCAGAGCAGCAUCCUGAUCCGCCACCAGGUGAUCCACACCAGGGAAUGGCCCUACGAGUGUGGGGAGUGUGGGAAGGGCUUCAGCUACAGGUCAGAAAUCAUCAGGCACCAACGCAUCCACACUGGGGAGAGGCCCUACGAGUGUCCCCAGUGUCAGAAGAGGUUUCGGACCAGCUCCAGUCUCCUCCAGCACCAGCAUAUUCACACCGAGGAGAGGCCUUUCCGCUGCCCUGAGUGUGGGAAGGGCUUCAAGAGCAACUCCAACCUCAUCAGGCACAGGCGCAUCCACAGUGGGGAGAGGCCCUACGAGCGCUUUCGCUGCCCUGAGUGUGGGAAGGACUUCAAGCGAAAGUCCACCCUCCUCACCCACUGGCGCAUCCACACUGGGGAGAGGCCCUACGAGUGUCCCCAGUGUGGGAAGAGCUUCACCCAGAGCUCUCACUUGACCAAGCUGGUGGUCCAUGAGCAGCUUCAUGAUGGGGAGAAGCCCCACAAGUGCUUGGAGUGUGGGAAGAGCUUCAGGCAGAGCAGCACCCUGAUCCGCCACCAACGCAUCCACACCGGGGAAUGGGCCUACGAGUGUGGGGAGUGUGGGAAGGGCUUCAGCUACAGGUCAGAACUCAUCAGGCACCAACGCAUCUACACUGGGGAGAGGCCCCAGUGUCCCUAGUGUCAGAAGAGGUUUCAGACCAGCUCCAGUCUCCUUCAGCACCAGCAGAUUCACACAGAGCAGAGGCCCUUCCGCUGCCCUGAGUGUGGGAAGGGCUUCAAGCGCAACUCCCACCUCAUCAGGCACCAACGCAUCCACACCGGGGAGAGGCCCUAUGAGUGUCCCCAGUGUGGGAAGAGCUUCACCAGCAGCUCUAACAUGACAAAACAUCAAUGGAGGCACCACUAA